CUUCUCACCUUCUCCAACAUCGAAACCAAUCUCCACCACCCCCACCUCCGCCCCAAUUACAACCACCACCACCGCCACCAACCGGCGAUCCCGUCCCCCUCGCCCCCUCUCCCGCCGCCGCCGCCGCCUCCUCCUCCAAUGAGCCCCAGCUCCGACACCACCUGGACCUCGAUCUCCGCUUCCCCUGCUCCGCCGCCGCCUCCGCCGCCGGUUCCUCAGUCUUCCAGCUGGGAUUUCUGGGACCCUUUCCGCAGCAAAAGAAGAUACUAUUACUCCUGCUCUAUAAGAAAAACCCAUCUCUCUGUCUCCACUCAACUCCUUUCCUCAAUAGAGAAACAGAGAGACACCUAG